AUGGCGACCUGGCGGCUCCCCCGGACCCCGCUGCUGCUGCGGGCGGCCCACCGCCUGCUCCCGGCCCCGCUCCGGCGCAGCGGCUCCGGCCCGGCCCCGCCGCGGCUGCCCGGCUCCCUGGUGCGCUCGGGCGGCUUCGUGGGAGGCCGCUGGGUGCAGGCGGCCGCCGCCUUCCCCGUGCUGGACCCGGCCAGCGGCGCCGAGCUGGGGCAGGUGGCGGACUGCGGCGUGGCCGAGGCCCGGGCCGCGGUGAGAGCCGCAUGGGAGGCCGGGCCCGGCUGGAGCGCGGCCCCCGCCAAGGAGAGAAGUGCGUUGCUUCGCAAAUGGUACAGUUUGAUGAUGGAGAAUAAAGAUGACCUUGCUAAGAUAAUUACUGCAGAGAAUGGGAAGCCUCUGAAAGAGGCACAAGGUGAAGUUCUUUAUUCUGCCUCCUUCCUGGAAUGGUUUGCAGAAGAAGCUCGUCGCAUUUAUGGUGACAUCAUUCCACCUUCUGUGAAAGAUAGAAGGCUCUUGGUGCUGAAACAGCCUGUUGGAGUGGCAGCCAUUAUCACCCCUUGGAAUUUCCCCAGUGCUAUGAUUACACGAAAAGUUGGUGCAGCUCUGGCAGCAGGCUGUACUGUGGUGGUGAAGCCUGCAGAAGACACACCAUUAUCAGCAUUAGCACUUGCUGAGCUUGCAAACCAGGCUGGAAUUCCAGCAGGAGUAUAUAAUGUUGUCCCUUGUUCCCAAAAACAAACCCCAGCUGUGGGGGAGGCUCUGUGCACUGAUCCUUUGGUAGCAAAAAUAUCUUUUACUGGCUCCACUGCUACAGGAAAGGUACUGCUGCAUCAUGCUGCUGGCACCGUAAAGCGGGUUUCCAUGGAGCUCGGAGGACAUGCUCCAUUUAUAGUGUUUGACAGCGCUGAUGUGGACCAAGCUGUUUUAGGAGCUCUGGCUUCUAAAUACAGAAACUCGGGGCAGACAUGUGUUUGCACAAACCGUUUUUUGGUGCAAAAAGGGAUCCACGAUGCAUUUGUGGAAAAAUUUGCCAAAGCUAUUGAAAGAGAGCUACGUGUAGGAAAUGGAUUUGAUGAAGGAACUACCCAGGGGCCAUUAAUUAAUGAAAAAGCAGUGGGAAAGGUGGAGAGACACAUUAGCGAUGCGGUUUCUCAAGGAGCAUCCAUUGUGACAGGAGGGAAACGACACAGCUUUGGAAAGAAUUUCUUUGAGCCUACUUUGCUCAGCAAUGUCACAACAAAUAUGCUUUGCACGCAAGAAGAGACAUUUGGUCCCUUAGCACCAGUUAUCAAGUUUGAUACUGAAGCGGAAGCUGUUGCUAUAGCAAAUUCAGCCAAUGUGGGUUUAGCAGGAUAUUUCUAUUCGCAAGACCCAGCCCAGAUCUGGAGAGUUGCAGAGCAGCUGGAGGUUGGAAUGGUUGGUGUUAAUGAAGGAAUAGUGUCCUCAGUGGAGUGCCCUUUCGGCGGUGUGAAACAAUCUGGCUUGGGACGAGAAGGUUCAAAAUAUGGUAUUGAUGAGUACCUAGAAAUAAAGUAUGUGUGUUUUGGAGGCUUAUAAUAAUUUGCAAAAAUUGCACAAAUCCACAAAGGCCUGGAAAACAAUGGCCUGAUUCAGGUGGACUGUCUAUAUAUUAAUAUGGCUGUUAUCCUCUUCAAUUCCAAGUAACGCUGUUGUGUGAGUAAAUGCAGAGAGAGGUGUUUCAUGUAGCUCUGUGCUGACACUUGUAAAACAUGAAUAUUACUAGUUACGUAGAUCUAGUUAAUACCCAAUAGUUGGAUGUCAGUGCCUCUUUGGUGGUGGUGGUGGGAGGGAGCAGGGAGCAAUAGCUUCUGUUAUUUGGGUUACCCUAUGUAAACAGGAAGAAUUUGGAGAUUUGAGCAUAAUGAAGAUCAUAAUUCCUGUUCUGGAGGACACCGGCAAUUCCCCUCAGCCGUCUCUCCUAAUAUUCAAGCAUCUGUGUAGGGAGUGGAGAAGGGUGGGGAGUGUAGCCUGUCCUUCAUGGUUUUGUGCCAAAUACGCACUUAAUUCUCAGCUUGCUAAGGCUGUUAUAUAACUUUUUCAAAUUGCUUACUUUUAUUACAGUUUGCAGGAGAACUUGGUGCUUGUGAAGGGGAGGAAUUAGUAGUAAUGGCUGGAGCAGGCAUUCUUACAGGCUAGUGCACAGCUGUGUUAGUAUGCAACACUGCUAAUGGCAUCACUACUUGCUGUUGCAGCUUUGGCCCUCUCCAGAGCAGACAUCUUAACUUCUGCCUAAGAGCUUAGUCGUUUGAGGAACAGAUACACAACCUGUGCUACCACAUAAACAAGGGUUGUAAGUUGCAGUAGUCUGUAUAAACUGAUUGCACAAUGAAUCAGUGGAGCUUGGGGGAUGGCUAGCUUAGUGUAUGGCAGAGGAAGGCGAGGACUGUAUGCAUGUUGCAGGGACAUUCUGCUGAGCUGUUCGGGGUGGGGGGCAAGAUUUAUGUAAAUGAGCUCCACAUGACAAUACAAAUGCAUUCAUUCCCCUGUGCAAGACCAGUAUGACGCCAUCUGGAACAGGUAAGAGGAUGGUCAUCAACAUAAAUGUUGCCAACUAACUUUUUCAAGGAGUACUUUCCUCCCACUCCUUCAAAGAGCCACUUUAGCUUGCUCAGCUACAGAUCCUCAGCAGGCUGUACUGCUCCUGCAGCUUUGUGCCUUAAAUACUGACAGGCCCUGGAUUGGGCUCCUUGUCACAUGGGCAGAUGUCCAUUGCGGAGUGGAACAAAACCCCAAACUCAUCUAACUUACAACCUACUAAGGAUUGUAUAGGUCUUCAGAGGUAGACUUCGUAUGUCAUCCCCUUAGUCCAAGUAGCCUCAACUGAAAGCAUCAUUAAAAGGUGAUGUAAAAGUUCCUUAAUGUGAAGCAAAUAAUGGUGCAUUAACAUUAUUUUGACCUAAAAUAAGCACUUUGUUCACCAAACUAAACUUCCUCAGAAGAUCCUAUAGAAAAUUUUAAACUGGCUUUUCAGAGGCUGGGAAGUAGAAGUUGUGUGUUUUUAUUUUUUGGCUAACUGCUGUUUAGCCAGACUUUUACAUUUAAUUACAGAAUGAAAGUGAGCUGGCCGCUCUCUCUAGAUGAAUGUACCCUGUCAAAUAGGCAAAGGUAUUCAAUUAAACCAAGGUAGGGGGAAAUUAUUUUUGGACUGACACUUAGGAUUAACAGAAAAGCAAGGUGGAGCAGAGCUUCACAGAGCCUUCUCAAGCGCACAUAGAGUAGUGUUGAUUGCUACUCAACAUUUUAAAUGUUUAGAUGAUUUUUGUAUUACACUGGGUGUGGCUGGAGCUCAUUCCUUACUGUCUAUGUAAAAUGCAUGAGUGCAUUGUGCUGAAGUGAUGCCACAAACGGGGUUUGGAAAGGACACUCGUUGCCCUUACAGAAGUCCCU